AUGUCUACCACAACGGCGCGGAGAAGCUCUCACGGGCCCCAAGCUCCUCGCAGAACCACCACCGCCUCCUCCCCCUCUUCUUCCUCUACCGCUCCCACACACACACCCGAGAGCUCCUCAUCAUCCUCUCCUCGAUCACCGCGCUCAGCCUCGUCGCCCAAGUCCCCCAGGUCUCACGCACUCCCCCAGCCCCCUCCCGUGCCGGCCUUUGAGAUCCCCGAGCCCGCGCCCGACAACGCAGGCCCGUACCACGAUCCCAUCGCCCCCUUCCGCGGCCUCCUGAGCGGUCUCCGCCUCACCCCGGGCGAGGGCACCUUUCUCCAAGCCAUGCUCCGGCUCCCCCACAACGCCGAGCCCCGGCCCAAGACGACGCACAACUCGCUCAACAUCCUCGAUGACACGUGGUACCUCCAGGAGCGCCUCGAGAACCCCUCGCCCAACAGCUACUUCUCCCGCAUCGACCGCAAGUGGCUCCAGUUCCGCGACGGUCAAACUGGCGACGCCGCCGGCUCCGCUGCCGCGCGCAGCGCCAGCUUCUCCUCCACUUCUUCCUACGCCAGCUCCCAGCCCAAGACCCCGACCGGCUCCCAGGGCUUCGAUCCCAUCUUCAGGAUACCCGGCUACCCCGACGCCAAGCUGGACGACAAGUGGCUCCAGUACGACGACCCGUGGUUCGUCUACGACGAGGACGAGGACGAGGUGACGACCGACCAGGCGCCCGCCAAGAAGCGUCGCGUCGAGUUUGCCCCCGAGCCUCCGAAGAAGGCCAAGGUGGCCCCAGAGCCGGAGGAGCUCGCUCCCCACCCGGGUGGGAGGAGUUUGUCCACCUCGACCAGGCGUGGGAGAUUUGGAACAAGCUUUAAACCGUUUCUUCUGCUGUUCCCUUAUGAUCUUGUUUAUUCGUGCUUUCUUCGCUCAGGCGUCUAA